CCACAAAAAAUAGAGGGAAUUACAAAAAAUUUUAAGGUUGGGAAAAAUGUAAAAAUCCCUCCACACAAUUUCAUGUACACCCCAAACAUCUUCAAUAAAUACACAAUGAUAUUCUAACAUUAAAGACACUUCAUCUACCCAAAAUACACCUGCACUUAAUGUGGUUGCUCUAUAAUUUUUUCUUCUUUUCCAUUAAUGGCAGCCGACUUCUUCCCCACACAGGACGUUGAUUCCGCUUCCGAUGUCGAUUCCUCCGCUGACCCCCUGACGCCGCUCCUGGAUGUUCCUUUUGCUUUCAGCACCCCUGAAACAGAUCAUUCAAACAGUAUUUCCGGUGUACACGCAAGAGAUGAACGAAGGAAAAACAUUGUUGAUGCAAUUCUACAAAAGUUAAACACUGGCAAACUUCAGCAUGGCUCAAUUAAGGCAGUUGCAGCUCAGUUUAACAUGUCACAUCGUUGGGUUGGAGAGCUAUGGAGAAUUGCUAAACGUCAAUUGGCGAGGGGCCAAGCUGUAAAUGUUCAAUGCAGAUGGCAGGGUAAUGUAGGAAAGAAACAUAAGGUUGUGGACUUCUCAAAGCUGAGUGAAAUUCCAUUUCACCAACGAAAGACUUUACGUGCUAUAAGCCAUUGCAUGAAUGUCUCGACCAGUACAGCACACAAUUGGCUCAAGGAAAAGAAAAUAAGAAGACAUUCAAAUGCCAUUAAACCCCUUCUGUGUGAAAAGGGUAGGCUAAAGAGACUCAGGAUAGCAAAUCUAAUUGUUCAAGAGUCUCAAUAUGUCAUAUCGUCAGCAAACUAUAGUAUUGGCGAAUGCAUUCUCGUCUGUAGUCAUUCUCUUGGUAAAAAUCCAAAGUUUAUGGCUACUGCAGUAUAUUUAGGAAGAGAAUUGUUAAGACGAAAAAUUAAACUUGCCUAUGGAGGAGGUAGUGUUGGCCUUCAAGGAGCUGUUGCUUCAACAGUCUUUACCAAUGGUGGUCUUGUUAGAGGUUUCAUUCCUGGGUACCUAGCAACACGACGGGUCUAUGGACCUACGUACGGUGUAGAGCACACAGUUUCCAGUAAUUACUACAAAUAUUUUGAGAUGAAUCAUGUCGUGGAAGCUUUCAUUGUUCUUCCCGGAGGAGUUGACACCAUGGAAGGUUUGUUCACCUUGAUCUCGUGGGCUUCUGAAGGGUUACACAAUAGACCCAUUGGUCUUUUAAACAUUGACGGUUAUUUCAAUAACCUUCUAAAAUUCUUAGACGAUGCGGUGAGGCAGAACUUCAUGGCUUCUAGUCAGAGGAAACUUUUUAUUUCUUCUUUCUCUGUUGACGAGCUUUUAGACAAACUAGAGUUUGCUAAAGCUUUCCCGGGACCUGGGGUUAGUUAUGAUGAGUUUGUGAAUCCUGGGAGAUUAGACUUAGAAUUGCAUUUGUAACAAUCCUCAUAUGAUCCAAGUUGUAUGUUGAAAUGAUAUUUUCCAUAAAUAUUAUUCUAGGCUGGACGCCGAUCGCAGACGCUGACCGGAGACGCCGAGCAGAGCCGCCGCUAGGUUUCCGCCGACGUCCUCCUCUCGUUUUGUCGUCGCGCUCUAUCCAUCCGUCGAGCCAGGGAGUGCAGCGGGAGUUCUUCUUCCUCGAUUAAGAUUCGAAUUCGUCAAAUUUCGAGGUAGGAACACAGAAUUUGAUGGGCAACCCGAAGGGCGGUGAAGUGUGGUGGCGUGGAUGGCUCUUGUUUACUUUAGUAAUUAAACUACAUUAUUUUAGUUGAUUAUAUGGAUUGUUGGACGUUACUUUGGUUUUAUUAUGCUUCCGCGACUUUUGGACUUGUUUUAUUACUUCGAUAAAUUUUGGUUUAGUUU